AUGAAGGUGAGUCCCACGUCGACAAGGCUAACACACGCAGACAUCCUGGCUUUUGAAGAGGCUCUCAAUGCUGACAAUCAGGCUGCCGACGAGUCGGUAAUCUCCCGGGUGAGCUCGGUCACCAACCUGGAGUACCCGCAUGCAAAGCGCAAACGCCACAAGCCAGUGGUAGCUGAGCGUGUCUCCGGCUCAGGGCCGUUUGACGCCACCAACUCGCUCAGUUUCCAGGUCCUCAGAUACCCGUUUUUGUUCUUUAUCAUGCUCUGGCUGGCAGUACUGAGCAUACUGUACGUGAUUGUGAGACUGUCUGUAUUGGUGAGCGAACAAAUUCUGGCAAACACAGCGGAGCGCAGACGCUUGAUGGCCAAGCUCCAGAGCGCGACAAGCUACGACGACUACGUGGCGAAGGCCAAGGAGGUGGAUGCACAGCUCGGCCUCGACGAGUGGAAGCUCGAGGACCGGUCGUCAGAGUACGACUGGCGGACGCUGCGGCGGCUCAAGGCCGACCUGCGCCGUCUGCGGCUGGAGGAAAACUAUGAGGAGCUAAUGGUGGUUCUGCAGACGUGUGUCAAGUCGAACUUUGCUGGCAUCGAGAACCCGAUUCUUUAUUCGCAGUGCUACUACGGCACAAAACUUCUGAUCCAGGACUACCUGCAUGAGGUUGUUUCGUCGAUCAACGCCAUCACAGAGACGGAUAAGGUUGCUAUUGAGGAAAAACACAUUUUUUUCAAGAUCGUCUCGCGAAACUACGGCAAGACGGCGCUCGCGCUGAGCGGAGGGGCGUCCUUCUGCUAUAAUCAUUACGGGGUUCUCAAAGCGCUGCUGGAAAACGACCUUUUGCCAAACAUUAUGAGCGGCACCUCUGGCGGCGGCAUCAUUGCUGCGCUGGCCACCACCAGAACUAACAAGGAGCUUCUUUCGCUGCUGACGCCGAAGCUUGCUAAGCGCAUCAACGCCGCGGACGGGAAGACUAUGAUGGACUGGAUCAGGCAAUGGUGGGCCACCGGUGUGGUUUUCGACCCAAUCAGCCUGGCCCGCAAGGCUCAGUGGUGGACUCUUGGCUCCACCACGUUCCAGGAGAGUUUCGAGCGCACGGGUAAGGUUCUUAACAUUUCGACCACACCGCACGAAAUGCACUCGUCUGAGGUUGUGUGCAAUUACAUCACGGCGCCAAACUGCUGUAUCUGGUCCGCGUUGCUUGCCUCGGCCGCCGUUCCUGGCGUCCUCAAGCCCGUGGUGUUGAUGGAGAAAGACAGGAAAACGCAGAAAAUCAGGCCGUUUUCAUUUGGAAGCAAGUGGCAGGACGGGUCUCUGCGGUCGGACAUCCCGUUGCAGUCGCUCAACGCGUACUUCAACGUCAAGUUCACAAUUGUGUCGCAGGUGAACCCGCACGUCCUGCUGUGGUUCUACAAGAGCCGUGGAGAUGUCGGUCGUCCUGUGCCACGUCCAAAGGGGAAGAGUUUCCGCGGUGGUUUUCUUCCCAGCUACUUCGAGAACCUCAUCAAGCUGGAGGGCAUCAAGUGGCUCAAAAUGAUGAAGGACUUCCAGAUCAUCCCGAAUUUCCUCGAGAGCGACUGGUCGGACGUGUUUCUGCAGCGAUUUGACGGCACCAUCACAAUAUUCCCGAAAAUAAAAAUAGCAGAUUAUUUCGAUCUGCUAGGCGACCCCACAGAGGAACAGCUUGCGGAGCUCAUGUCGAACGCAGAGCACGUGACGUAUCCGAAGCUGCUGUUUAUUAGAAACCGACUGGAAGUUGAGAGGGCCAUAGAACGCGGCCGCAAGCUGAGCAGAAACACAGCCAACGACGUCAACCAAACGUCUUCAAGCGAGGAUCUCGACGAGGACGAUCAGGACGAGGACGGUUUCGAUUCCCAAAUGCCAUAUAUGGGUCUGAGGCAUCGAAGCAUUUGA